AUGCGCUCCUACAUGGUCUCUGGAUGUUCUCGAGGGAUCGGAUUCGAGUUAGUCCGUCAACUGGCUGAUUCGAAGGAUGAUAUUGUUAUCUUUGCAUCUGCUCGGUCCUGCAAUAACCCGAAGUUCCAGGAACUCCUAGACCAACACCCUGAGCGCAUUGUAUAUGUGCCCCUUGAUGUUACAGACCAAGUCAGCAUCAAAAAUGCUGCAAAGAUUAUUACAUCAAAGCUGGAUGGCAGAGGGUUGGACGUACUCAUCAACAACGCCGGUGUGCUGACUUAUGGACUGGUGGAAGAGAUCUCUACAACGUUGGGUUCCAUCUCACAACAAUCUAUCAAUCGCCAUGUGACAGCCCCUUCUUACAAGGUCACGAAAGCUGCUUUAAAUAUGCUUACAGUUCUUUAUGCGAAUGAAUUGGAGAAGGAAGGAUUCACAAUUUUCUGUGUCAGCCCUGGUUGGUUGAAAACAGAUUUGGGAAGCGACAAUGCUGAUCUUCCGGUCGAAGUCGGUGUCAAGUCUAUAUUGGAAAUUCUUCAUGAAAUUGGCCGAGAUCGUAAUGGUCAGUUUCUUAAUAUUCACGUCCCUGGGUGGGAGAAUGCGCCAGGCAUGAACCAAUACGAUGGAAAGGAGGUGCCGUGGUAGAUUCCUUUGUCGAAUAGGAAAAGCGCUCUCCUAUCAUUAAGUCUCACGUCGGGAAUGGUCUUAUUAUUCAAUGCUGGUUCAUUCACUGGUUGUCUUACG